UUAUUUUUCUAAAUCUUAAGGGGUCCUGAAUUUGUAAACUUGAGAAAAUGUCUGUGACUGAUGAUGACAUCAUCAAAAAGCGACUGUUGAUUGAAGGUGAUGGAGGAAAUGAUGACAAACGAAUCUGUAACCUAAUGAGGACAUUUCUCCGUUACUGUAACUCGACCGAAAAUGAUGAGGAAAGUGCAACAAACUAUCAGCGAAUCCUGGCAACUCUGUCUCAGUCGGAGUACACCAUAGAGAAGUCUGGUAAAGUGUACCAGAUGAAUAUGAAGGAGCAGACCAACUACGACCAGCUCAGUAACCAGAUAGAACAAAAGAUAAAGGAGGCAACAGAGAAGAUUUCAGAAUGCAAAAAGGAAGUUCAGCAAGCAAAAAGAAUACGCAAAAACAGACAAGAGUAUGAUGCCUUGGCCAAGGUGAUUCAGCAACACCCAGACAGACAGGACACGACAAAACAACUCCAGUGUUUGGACAAGGAAGUAGCCAGCCUUGAGGAAUCCAAGGAAAUACUGGAACAAAAGCUUGACUUGAGGAGGAAGCAGUUCCACGUGCUGAUAGCAUCCAUCCAUGAACUGGAAAAGAUCCUGGAAGAUGAUGAGAAGAAAGAAUCGAUGGAUACCAGCUGAUGAUGUCAUGAUAGUGCUUUUUAAUAUGGUGUUGUUGAGAAGCAUUGAUGAGCCUUUUUUAAAAUGGUGUUGUUGAGAAGCAUUGAUGAGCCUACUCCGCAGAUAUAUGGAAAAUUCUCUGAAGAAAAUCCUUGAAGGAAUUUUAAAGGAUCAUGAUAACAAACAAAUGACCUUUGAACAGUCUUUAAUGUGUACUACAACCUGAUUAAGAUGAAAAAA